UCUGAACUGGAACGGAAAACAACUUCCGGUUGGGUUCACUCUGCAGGACGCCGCCGACCCGAGGCUUCAGAGACCGGAGCAGAAACCCAGAACUGUGGUUGCACAAUUUCGCUCUCUGCUUUCCCGUGGGGUGUCAUCAUAGCCUUGUCAUUGAGAAGUUGGGUAACUUCCCCGAGGGUCACGGAGAGAAUGGGUGGCCGAGGCGGAAAGAGCAAAAGCGAACCCUGCCCGCGGUGGGAACCCAAGCGAUAGGUAGAGGCCCCCCACCCCGGUGUCAACGGACUAGCAACGAGUUAACAGGUGUAAAAAGCUGUGCUUGUCAAGAAGUGAAGAAAGAAAAGGGAAGAUACUCAAAGAAUAGUUGUCUCUCUCUCACUGUUAUGCUGUCACAAGCAAAAGUGGAGCAGCCUUGCUAGGUAAAGUGUCAUUUAUUUCACGGAUGCUUUGAGAAGUUACCAUAAGGGAGAAAUGGUAGUAAAGGAAGUGAAGUGACGUGGAAGUGAAGGAAAAUAAAAUCAUCUGCCUCCCUACCACGGUUGGAAUACACAUCUCAAAUGAGAGGCAGCAGAGGAGCAAGCACUGUAUUCUGUUGAAAAGUUGUCCUCAUCAUUUGAGAGGGAAGGAAAACCCUAACAUGAUACGACCAUGUAUAAAGCAGAAAAUGAAACUCCUUCUCAGCCCUCUCCCCAACCAUAGGUACUCCAAGGCCUUCCACGUCUGUCUUAUAUGUAAAACUUUCUUAGAGUGAAAUGCACAAAUCUUGAGUGAACCAUUGGGCGAGUUCCUAUGAAUACUUCUACCUGUGCUUCCCAGACCCUUAUCAAGAUAUACUAAUACCUUUUUACACAUUUAUAAUUGACCUGAUAGUAAGAGGAUUGAAAGAAAGGUCCUAUGGUAUUUUUACAGCUGGACAGGAAGAAUCAGAGUCAUUAGAUGGCCCUCUGCUCAGAGCGAAGGAAUGUGGUUAGAGAUGUUAUGCCAACUGAGAUGACCUGUCAUUUACUCCAUCCUUUAUAGUGAUGCUACAGGACGGAGUGGAAUGGAUAAAAACAUUGGUGAGCAACUUAAUAAAGCUUAUGAAGCCUUUCGACAGGCAUGCAUGGAUAGAGAUUCUGCAGUAAAAGAACUACAGCAAAAGCAGACUGAGAACUAUGAGCAGAGAAUACGUGAGCAACAGGAACAGCUGUCACUUCAACAAACUAUUAUUGACAAGCUAAAAUCACAGUUACUUCUUGUGAAUUCCAGUCGAGGUUUUUGUCUUACAGAUAACAGUUAUGGCUUUGUUCCCCUGCUUGAAGACAGUGAAGCAAGGAAGAAUAAUUUGACUCUUGAUCAGCCACUUGAUAAAGUGAAAUCAGGAAUACCAAGAGAAAAAGAAUCAAAGGUAAGAAGACAAGAGGUUUCUGCUCCUAGACAAGACACUUCACCAAGGAGUCUUGGCAUUCCUUUAUUCCAUGAAAGGGGUUAUAUAGAGAAGACUUUCUGGGAUCUGAAAGAAGAGUUUCAUAGAAUAUGCACGCUAGCCAAAGCACAGAAAGACCACUUACGCAAACUUAAUGCACCAGCCACUGCCCCUGAAACACAGUGCUCUGUGCCUGUACAGUGUACAGAUAAAACAGAUAAACAAGAAGUGCUGUUUAAGCCUCAGGCUAAAGAUGAUAUAAAUAGAGGUGCACCAUGCGUCACAUCUGUCACACCGAGAGGAAUGGGCCGAGAUGAGGAAGACACCUCUUUUGAAUCACUUUCUAAAUUCAAUGUCAAGUUUCCACCUAUGGACAGUGACUCUACGUUCUUACAUAGCACUCCAGAAAGACCCAACGUCCUUGGUCCUGCCACAUCUGAGGCUGUGUGCGAAGAUAAAUUUAAUGUGGAGUUCAGAGACAACCCGGGAAACUUGGUUAAAACAGAAGAAACUUUAUUUGAAAUUCAGGGAAUUGACCCCAUAGCUUCAGCUAUACAAAACCUUAAAACAACUGAUAAAACAAAACCCUCAAAUCCUGUAAACACUUGUAUCAGGACAGCUCUGGAUAGAGCUCCGUGUUUGCCACCUGGAGACCAUAAUGCAUUAUAUGUAAAUACAUUUCCACUUCAGGACCCAUCUGAUGCACAUUUUCCUUCACUUGAUUCCCCUGGAAAAGCUAUCCGAGGACCCCAGCAGCCCAUUUGGAAGCCCUUUCCUAAUCAAGACAGUGACUCAUCGGUACUAAGUGGCACAGGCUCAGAACUGCAUAUACCUCGAGUAUGUGAAUUCUGUCAAGCAGUUUUCCCACCAUCCAUUACAUCCAGGGGGGAUUUCCUCCGGCAUCUUAAUUCACACUUUAAUGGGGAGACUUAAGACGCAUUUGAAAACAGACAUAUCAAGUUCUAUGUGAUGAUUUUGGGUUUGUAAUACUAUAAAUACUUGAUUGCAAACUUAGUUCAAGAUCAUUUAUUGAAAAAUCCACAGUCACAGCUAUUUUAAUUUUUUCCUAAACUUAUACUGUAACUUUCUUUCAUUAUCUUUUAAAAGAUCAUUUUGUACAAAACUAUAAUUCAUUGUAUUCAUGUUUACAGUGUUUAUUACCAUAAUUCCAAACUAUGUAUGUGACUUUCGGAAUUGUAUAAUCAUAAUUUAUGUUUGUUUCAGAUAUCUAAGCUUAUUGCUUGGAUUUCUAGUUAGAUCUAUUGAAUUUGGUGAUGUCAAAUGUUUAUAGAGUUUUUUCAUUUAAAAAUUUAGAUUAUUUAUGCUAUAGGUGAUGUUCUUUUUGAAUAAACCUACAAUAGAGAGUAGCAGACAACACAAACGUCUAAGUAAAUACCAAACUUAAGACAUUUGUUGCCCAGUGAUAAAAUCACUGGUAGAAUUAUUUAAACACUUUAGAUUUUUUUAAAUAAUAUACAUGGUUUUAAUUUUUACUAUGUGUAUAGCUACAUGAGGAAAUGAAUUAAAUAUUAAGAGUUACUUAUGUUGUGAUUAUUAAUGUGUUCUUUGUUCCUGAGUAAAAAAAAUAAAUCACAUUUUUGAGAAGUUUAUAAAAUUCAUGUUUUCUUUCCAGCAACCUGAUAAAAGAGUGAUACCAGAUCUAGUGACAUUUUAUUACAACUAGUAGAUCACUUUGAAUUUUAAAAUUAUUUUUCAAACUAAACUUGCUAAAGAGACUUAUUUGUAUUUAAUGGGAGCAAAUCUAAAACCUUGUAAGGACUAUCCAUAUUUAUUAAUUUAUAUUAGAAAUGUUCACAUUCUUGUUGAGAAACUUGUUAUUCAUUGUUAACAGCCUAAUCGACAGCCACUGGAAGACAUUUGAGAGGAGACCAAAUUCAGAAGGCUGCAGAAUUUUAAGAUGAGACCUCUCUUUCAUUUUUCUUCCCUAUGAUUAUUGUCUUUUAGGUUUCUCUUUUCCCCCCAAUUUUUAAAAAUGUUUGAGGCAUGGCUUCUAUUUUAUGAAGUAAAUAUUGAUUUGCAACUCUCAA